AUGCGGGGUCCACUGGAUAAAGAAUCUGAGAGUGAUAAUGUCACUGUCACUGGCCCUGAUAAACCCAACACAACAACAUCCUGCCUGGUGUCUGCCAGCCAGACAGUUUACAGUGCAGCUGUUGAGAAAUGUAUUUCCCAUCCUCGAGUUAUUGAUUUCCUGGGAGACUCGGUGAAAAGCUACGGUGAAGAGAGUCGCCGAGGAAGGAGGCAACACAUUAGUCACUUGUCAUAUGAGAUGGAAGGCACGAAAGGCCUUAGGCUCAAGUUUUAUCUGAAAGGGCACCGGAGGACGGCAACAGCCAACGUUGAUGCUCGGGAAACAUCUUCUGGCUGGGAAUUCCGGUACUUGUUUGUGCAGCUUGACUCUUACCCUUAUGAGGUCAUUGUUAUUGAGGACAAUAGGGGAACAGUGUUUGAUUCCUCCCAAUCACCAGGACUUCCAGAUCUUACUGAUUCCCAAUAAUACAAUAAAAUAACUUAUUUGGACACCACAAUCAAAACAAUACCCUAGAAUUUGUCCUGGGCUAAUUUUCUAUACAGGAAAGCUCGACUCUUCUGUUCUCCAAAUAUCUGGAUGACUUUAGAAUUUUUCUGCAUAAAAUGUGCACUCUAAUAAAUUGAUUAAUAUUACACCAUAAGGCAACAAAUAGCUUUGAUUCUUGUCCUUAAAUACCCAGGCUCUCUUCCCUCUCCCAUUCAGUAUUCUAUGGUAUAGGGCAUGCUAAGACUACCAUGCUUACAAGAUUGGUGGCCUCUAUAUAACUGUGCCUCUGUAUGUCUUUUGUUUUAAUUAUUAUUAUUAUGGGGGGAGCACUAAACAAAUAAUGAUUAUACAGUGCCUGAGGGGGAGAGAGAUGGAAGGCAUUCAGGCUCAAUUCAGGGAACUGGAUCACAGCUUUUUGUUUUAAUUUUCCAUCAAAUAAUUUAAUUUAAUUUUUAUAAAUUAAAGAAAACCUCUCCAAUAUAAAUGUUGGUGUAAGUUCAAGAAGCUACUUUGUAUACUAUUUAUAUUGUAAUAUAUUUCUACGUUUUUGACCAAAUAAAAUAUAUAAGAAAGU